AUGAUUGCGUCAGUCAAGGAUCUACCAGAUAUACCAGAUGACUUACAAAGCAUCAGCUCUCAGCUACCCUCCUUGCCCUCUACAGUGAUAUCAAACGUCUCUGGGACCAGCAACACAUCACAGGAAAAAAGGGGAAGGAAGGCUGUGUACCCGCCUCUAAGUAGGACUCCCUCUCCCUUGAAGAGCGUCCAAAGCAGGGAUUCGUCAAUUUUUAGUGCAAGUUUAGGACCAUCUCCUAGGAAGAAACUGGAUGUGUACGUCAGACCUGAUGAUGUUAACCUUUCAGAUAAAUACCAGUUACCUGUUCCUUUGGAAAUAAAGUUCCCGGACAAACUCAGCAAACAGAAUCGAAAACGACAAUCUGACACAUUCAUCUUAACGGGCGAUGGGUAUCAGGCUGUCGAAUCUGUAAAUCCUACUCCUGGUAUUUCACGAGACUCAUCUUUAGAGAGAAAACUUCCCAAAUCACAUUUGCUGUCGAAAGCUGACUGUUUGCAUCCAGAGAAAGUAACUGCUGUUCGAGAUCCGUCUCCAUUGAGACACCAGACUAGGUUGGAUAGUGGCCAGUCGGCGCAUUCUAAAGCUUCCUCUCAAGGGAAUAGCAUGUCUGGUGAGCAACAAUCUGCUAGGAAGACUCCCUCCCGUCGUGGUCAUCAAAGUGAGCUUAGUCAGAGUGAUAGAAUUUCGUUGAGAAAUAACAUUUUUACCGAUGACAACGACGAGAACUCACUCCAAAUUGAAGCUACAAGAACACCUUCUGCUAGAAAUAUCGAUGAAUCUAGUCUGGCAUCGAUAACUUUUCAUUCCGUUAACAAUUCCAUGGCUCACUCAAAGUCUCCUUCAAAAUCAGAUAUUGAGUCCCGUCAAUCAUUGAGAGAUGAUAUAUUCCAGCAACCUAAUAUUCAGCAUGAAGACCCCUCAUGUAUGGGCUCAACCAAUAUGGGGGAAGAAAAUUAUACUAUAGAAUCCGAUCAGGCUGAUAAGCAAGUAAACAUUUUGAUAGAUCUUUCUGGAAAGGAAGACACUAUCUCAUUGGUUAGCAGUCCGUCACUUAACACUAAUGGGUCGAUUAUCAGAAGAAGAAUCGCAAAUGGAAAGGUAGUGGAUGUUGUUUUGGUUGAUGAUGAACCCAGCUCUCUUGCUAGAGCAGACUCAACCAUCUCAGAUCAUGAAUUAAAUCGUAUUUAUUCAUUGUAUUAUAAUGGCGGUCGAAACUUUUCAAACAAACAACCCACUCUUAGAAGCGUGUCUAAUGCCAGCGCCAGAUCAGAAUUAAGUUUUGUUCCUGGAGAUGAAACCGAGAUUUUACAGAAACGAACGGUAAGUGGACUAAAUCGUGUCACAUAUAGCGAUUUCGGCUCUGAUACAGAUUUAUUGCAUCAAUCAGCAACUUACCACUGUUUGGAUGAUGAUACGGAUACAUCCAUAAUAACAAAUAUAAACGAAACUGCCAUUCCCAAUAAUGAAAUGGAAGAUGAAGAUAAAGAAGUCAAUUUCCUCGCAGACGAUCUUAGUGCACUUGGAAGUGCUUUAAAAGACAACGACUACAAACCUCAGUUCAAUUUGCCAUACUUAGUUUUUCCUAAAGACAAAGUCAACUCUACAGUUUUGAAGACAACUAAGAUUAGGACGCCUUAUCAACCCCAAUAUCAGCCUCCUGUGGUCAGGCAAGAUGAAAACUUUAGCUUUGAGGCUGCAAACACAAAUUUUCACACUUGGAAACGUCAAGAGAAAUGA